AUGCCGCGCCCCGAGGAGCUCCUGGGUUUGCUCAGGACCUUGCCCCCGGUGGGGGGCGACGAGCUCAGGCGGACGGUGUCCGGCUCGCAGGGACUCGGCGACUCCCAGGGCCCCGCGCGCAAGCUCACCCUCGCGGAGCUCCUCGCGGAGACGACCGCUCGGCACGAGUCGCUGGACCGCGAGGAGGAACGAGAGAAGCGACGAAGCGUGGAGGGCGACGCGCAGGAGGAGGAACGCGACGACGACGCGAACGGAGCGCCGUCGGGGCGUCGAAGCGCGCCCCGGGGCGACGACGCGGAAUCAUCCGACGACUCGGAGGGUCCGCCGGAUGAGCCGCUGUGGGGCUCGCAGGAGCUCGACGAAGUCAUGGACCGAUGCGCGGUGCCCGUGGGGGAAGUCGACGCCUUCGCGCCCGUCGCGGGGGGCCCGGGCCAGUUCCGCUCGGUCCAAUCCGCGGAGGAAGCCGGCGACCUCGUCCUCGGCCCGCCGUCGAGGGAAUGGGACGAGACGCUCGGAGCCGGAAAGCCGGAGAGCCGAGGGGAGAGGGGAGACGCGGCACCCUCGGCACCCUCGGCACCCUCGGCACCCCUCGGCACCACGGAGGAGGAGGACGCCCUGUACGUCCCGGCCGCGCUGAACUGCCACCUGAGGGAGUACCAGCGAGACGGCGUGCGUUUCCUGUACGCGCUCUGGGCCAGUAAGAGGGGCGGGGUGCUCGCCGACGACAUGGGUUUAGGUAAGACGAUACAGACGGUGGCGUUCCUCGCCGCGGUGCUCCGAUCGCCGCGAGCGAACCCGUCGCCGCCGCCCGCGUUAGUAGUGUGCCCGAUGAGCGUGCUGGACAACUGGGAGACUGAGCUGAAGCGGUGGGGCCGGAUGCUCCCGGGGGGCGAGUUCUGCACCGAGAGGGUCCACGGCCAAUCGCGUGACGACGCGUGGACGCGAUCCAUCGCGGAUGGCAGCCGGUGCGAGAUCGUGCUCACCACGUACGACACGUUGGUGAGAAACUCGGACGCUUUCGCGGCCAGGACGUGGUCCGCGUGCGUCUUUGACGAGGCCCAUUCGCUCAAAAACGAUAAAACGAAACGGUACGAAGCGGCGUACUCGUUACAGAAGGAGCGUAGGUUCGGGCUGUCCGGUACCGUCAUGCAGAAUUCCUACGACGAGCUCUGGUGUCUGUUCGACUGGGCGUACCCGGGAUCGUUGGGGGACGUGAAGCAUUUCAAGGAGUACUACUCGAAGGUGAUGCAGCAGGCGCAGAGGCACGGGGUGGACGAUACCACCCUGGGCCGAGGCCGAGACAAGGCGGAGCAGCUCAGGCGGCUGCUUCGAAAAUACAUGCUGAAGCGAACCAAGAAGGACACGCUGGCGGAUCAGCUCCCGCAGAAGGCUGACAACGUCGUCUUCUGCGACAUGUCCGCGCUGCAGAUUCGCGCGUCGAGGAGGCUCCUGGAGAUGGAGGAGUUCCAGCUGUUGAUUCGCCACGAGGAACCGUGCGACUGCGGCAGCGGCGAGAAGCGAGCGAGGUGCUGCUACCAGGAAUGCACGGGACCCGCGCCGAUAUGGAGAUCCUACGAUCACGAGAAGCACGUCACGGCGCGCAACGGGUACCUGUGCCCGUACUGCAUGACCUUCCCGUUGAUGCAAACGCUCAUCAAGGUGAGCAACCACCUCGAGUUGCUGAAGCCCGAUCCCGAGGAUGAAUACGGAAACGACGAGGCGAGGGAAAAGUUUGAGAAGGCCCGGGUCGUGGCUCGCGCCGCGCUCGGGGAGGACGCGCACCUCGUGGGCGGCGCGGACCACCCGGACAUGGAUUUUGCCCGCCUCGGCGACGCCACCAACUGCGGCAAGCUCCUCGCCCUCGAGAAACUUCUCUCGUUGUGGCACCGGCAGCGGGACAAGGUGUUGUUAUUUUCGACGAGCGCGCGGCUGCUCACCGUGCUAGAAAAGUUUCUCACCCAGCGGGGGUACGUGUACGCGCGGCUCGACGGAAGCACGGCGGGGAAGGACAGGCAGAAGCUCGUGGACGAUUUCAACGCCAGCGAGUCCCUGUUCGUCUUUCUCUUAUCCACGGGCGCCGGCGGGGUCGGGUUGAACAUAACAUCGGCGAAUCGAGUCGUCAUCUUCGACCCCAACUGGAACCCGGCGAAGGACGCACAGGCGCAGGACAGGGCGUACCGCAUCGGGCAGAGGCGCGACGUCGACGUGUACCGCCUCCUCGCCGCGGGGACGAUCGAGGAGAUGGUGUACCAGCGGCAGGUGUACAAGCAGCAGCAGUCCAACGUGGCGGUGGACGCGAGUAAGGAGCGGCGAUACUUCGAGGGAGUGCAGGGCGAUAAGCAGCACCAGGGCGAGCUCUUCGGCCUGUCCAACAUGUUCACGCUGGCGAACGAGGAGAUCACCCGCAUGCAGUCCUUAGUGGAUCGGGAGCGAAGGAGCGCUGCGGAAUACGCGUUCGAGAUUAAGAGCGCGGCGGAGAUUGAAGCGGCGGCGAGGGCGAAAGCGGAGGCUGACAAAAAAGACGCCGACGGGGUCGCGCGCGAGGGCCAGGGCCAGGGCCUGGCCGCCGCGGUCGAGUCGCAGAGGGGCUCCGCGGAGGGUGGGGGUUGGCGUCGCGCGAGCGGCGGUUCCAGCGGCGGUGGUGGCAGCCGCGGGGGUGACCCGUCGCGGGACCCGCAGCCGCCGCCGCAGAGGCGGAGGCUGCGGAUCGUCGCGGAGGAGGAGGAGCGACGCGAGGAGGAGGACGGGGGCGACCUCGGCCGCCGCAUGUUCACCCGCGGCGAGGACCGGGUCGUCCAUGAGCACCGUCACGACAACAUCGUCGGAGACGACGGCCCGGGGGGUCGCGAGACGGCGCGGAGCCACAGAGCCGUCGCCGUCGCGAGGCGGCAAGGGUUCGACGCAGAGGCGGAGCAACGCGCGAGGGACGAAGCCGCCGUCGCGGCGUCUAAGGCUGCCGCGGAGAGGGCCGCGGAGAGGGCCGCGGAGGAGGCGAGACGCGCGGCCGCCGCCGACGAGGUCCUCGCCGCGAUGGCGGAAUGGAAAGGGACGUCGACGGCGGAUUUGGCGCGGCGUUUGACGUCGCUCGACGCCGCCGGUCGCGCCGCGGCGGUGAGCGAGUUCAUCGCGGCGAUGGAGGGACGGAGGCGGUGA